CUUUUCGGCGGGAGACGGGAACGGGACAGUUGCUUUCUUCAUUGAGUAAUCUAAAUAAUUAAUACGAAGUGGUGUUUUGUGGUUAAUGAUCGCAUUAAGUUAGUCGGAAGACAUUCGCGAGUGUUUUUAUAUUGGAGUAUUCAAUAAACAAAGUGUAUCUGCCUAUUUUCGCUUCGUGCCGGGAAGCCGCUUCAUAACUCAAAAGUUUAUGCGGACUUUUGAGUUAAUUCGUUUGGGGUUCGGAGUAGGAGUCUACUCCGAGGGUGGGGGCUUAGGUUUCAUCAUCAUCACCUUUCAUCAUUUCAUUAAUCAUCAAGAAAAAAAAUACGUAAGACAUGGCUGUAUGGGCAUAGUUCCCUUUGCCUUACCCUUCGGGGAAAAACAAAACAAAAAAAAAAAAAAAACUCUUUGAGGUUAUAUUUAUAUUCGGAAUAUAGUAACUUAGUAGUGUUAUAUUAAGAAAAUGACUGAACAUUAUCACGUCGUACCCUGGUUUAACAGCAAGGAAUGGUACCAAGUAUAUGAUAACAUUUACUCAACCAUGGCAACGUUCACUACCAAGCAGGAAGCCCUUGAAAUGCUGCUUGUUUGGAAAGCCAGAUGCCCAUCGUUGCCGUCCUCUGUGGAGACGACGUUGACUCUACUGGAAGUGCACAUACAAGAUUUGAAGAACACUAACGACCACAUCAACGAGAAUAUGCUGCGCUUAGCAUAUUCGUCCGCCAUAAUGCGGUUUGUGAAUCACAUGCUCGACUCUGAGACCUCCAAGGGUGUCAGUUUGUACCAAGCUGCGAAGAAUUUAGGAAUUCCAGACUGGAUUGUAGACAUGAGACAUGAUACUGCGCACAGCAAUAAUCUCCCAUCUAUAGAAAUACUCAGAGAAGCAUGCUCAGUCAGUUUAAAUUGGCUUCAAGGAUCUUAUUGGGACAAAUACAAAUUGAUAAUAGCAGAUUAUGUUUCUGGUCAGAAAGAGAUUGAUAGUUGUGAUGAAAACAAGAUAUCUACAUUAAUGAACCUAUGUGUCACUCUCAGUAUUUGUUCCCAUCCAAGAAACAAAAUCAAAAGCAUGUCUGAUAUAUCAAAUUUUGACAUGAGAGGAGCAAUUAUUAGUGAUGUGAGUGAGAUAUUGGGAGAUCAAGUAGACUUAUCAAACUUAACAAAAGUCUCAGUUUCGGGGAUAAUAAAUUCACUGAACAAUUAUUUCAAGAAGCGAUUAAAAAGUAAAGAUAUUAACUCCAUUGUAACCAAAGUGCUGCUUGGUGAAGAAUCACUGUUCCUUUCUUUGGAUCUAUUGCAGUAUAUUGAAGAUGGCGAUUUUGGUAGUAAAAAUCGGCUAAGCAAGGAAUAUGUCCAGUGUUUUGAAGUCUUACUUACAUUUCUGCACACGCAUGAUUUAUUAUUAGAUUUUCUUAUGGAACUGAUAAAAAUAUCUGAAGCCAAUGAUGCUCAUGACUAUCGAUCGAAACUUGCUGCACUUUGGGUCUUAGAAAUAUUAAAAGCUUUAGGGAAAUCUAAACUGUUUUUAGAUAAAUUUAAUAAAAUAAAUCCUGGUGAGGCAGGCUCCAAGAACAGGAAAGAAUUGAUAUUGCUGUUCCACCAUUGGUUUCCUAAUGAGAAGUUAUCUAAGCUUCUGUUGGACUUACAGAAGCCAAUACCCCAGGAGUUGAUGAACAUCCACUUCAUUCAACCCAUCAUAUCUGCCUACAAUCCAAAUUUGACUUACUUCAUCAAAAAUAUUCUUAACUUUGUAAAGCCAUCUUUGCCCAAACCUACUGUCGAUAAAAUAUGCACUUUAGCAAAGUUAAUAGCAUCACCAGAAUCAUUUCCAUUAACAGCAUCCAGAAUAUAUACAGUUGAUGAUAUAAAUAUGGAAGAUAAAGCAUCAGCUUCAGCUGAUAAUAUGAAUGAUUCAGACAGUGAUGUCAUUUGUGAGAGUGAUAAUAAACCAGAAACAAGUAAAGAUCCCAGCACAAGUAGUAUUUCUUGGAAGUUGGCUUCGUGUGAACACAAAUGGUCUUCAUGUCCUAUUGGACUAUUACCAUGGCAGCAAUAUGAAAGCAGUGUAAAAGCUACUGAGGAUAUGGAAACAUAGAGAUGGUGAUAAAAAUAACAUAUUUAAAAAACCUAGACUUAUUAGUUUAAAACUGCAAUUAUAAAGCAUUUAUUUGUAGUAUUUGUUGACUAUCCAAUUUAAUAUUGUAACACAAAUUAAUGUAUGCUCAAUUCAUUAUUCAAUUUAUAAAAUAUAAUGCAAACUACAACUCCACA